AUGGAGGGGAGAGAGGGAGGGGGGGCUGCGAAGCCACCGAAUCCUGCGCUGCCCUACCGCGAGGAUUGCUGGAGUGAGGGGGCGACGUCUACCCUAAUCGAUGCCUGGGGCGACCGCUUCCUGGAGCUCAACCGGGGGAACCUGCGCCAGAAGCAGUGGCAGGAGGUAGCGGACGCCGUCAACUCCCGCCGCACCGCCGUCCGGAGGCCCCCACGCAGCGACAUACAGUGCAAGAACAGGAUCGACACCCUCAAGAAGAAGUACAAGGUGGAGAAGGCCCGGAUCACAAACUCCGGCGGCGCGCUCUCCAGCCAGUGGGCCUUUUUCGACCGCCUCGACGCGCUCAUCGGCUCCUCCGAGGUCUCUUCUCACAAGCCCUCCCCGCCGCCGCCUCUCGCGUUUCCCUUGCCCUACCGGAAGAAUUCCUCCCUGCCGUCGGCCUCGGUGGCUGCCUCCCCGUCGACCGCGAGGGAUAAGCGUCAUACAUUGGUGGCUCCUUCAGAAGACUCCUCGUUGCUGAACAGGAAAUACUCUGCCGCGGCAGCUGCUGCGGCUGCCGCCGCCGCGGAGCGGAAGGACGAGGAAGCAGGACCGGAGUCCUCAAAGUCCAGUACUGAGAGACCCACCAGAGGGAGAGGGCAGAGGGGAAGUAACAAUGGCAGUGUUGCCGGCAAUGACAAUGACGAUGCCGAGGCAGUUCGCGAACUUGCGCGGGCGAUUUUGCGUUUCGGUGAGGUAUACGAGAGGGUGGAGGCAGAGAAGCAGCGGCAGAUGAUGGAACUAGAGAAGGAGAGGAUGGAGUUCACAAAGGGCCUGGAGUUCCAGCGGAUGCAAAUAUUCGUGGACUGUCAGCUCCAGUUGGAGAAGUCCAAACGAGCCAAAAGGGACCCCUCUGGUACGUUUGUAGCAUUACAAAGUUGA